CAUCCCUAGGCAGUUGAAUCAGAAACCAGUUGUAUGCAAAACUGCCGUCGAAGUACAGUACACACAUGGUUGCUAGAUUUUUCAUAAUAAGUUGAACCAGAGGUAAAACUUUAUCCACGUGCGUGAAACAGCCCAGAUAGUUUACUGUGUUCGGUUACAAAAGUUGCUGAAUUGAAUUUGUGCAUGUCGGUUGUCGAAAAGAAGCUGAUAUACGAAAGCCAGUACAUUAAAUACUCUAAUAGCUAAACCAUUUGUCGUGAAUGCAAGAAGGUAAACUUCGCUUCAUCUAGCAGCAAUAAUCUUUCACCGAAAUCAUCGUAAACCACAUGGCCGAUUUAUCAUUGUUGAUGUCAGCAAACUCUACGGAUGAGGUUGAACGAUUCGUAGCUGCAGGAGCCGACAUUUAUGGCACAAAUAUCAGCGGGGAGACAUUGUUGCAUCUGGCCGUUAAAGCUGGAAAUACUGAAUUUGUAAACUUGUUUAUUGCGUACGGAUUGUCUGUAAAUGCCAGAACACCAUAUGGACAUACGCCAUUAACGUAUGCAGUUCAAGGCGGAUUCGUCGAAAUUAUGGAUCGUCUUAUAGAUUUCGGUGCUGAUUACAAGAUAAUGAACCCUAUUGAUCAAAAUAUAGUUCACUUGGCAGUGGCAAAAAACCAAACAGAAGCAUGCAGGCGGUUGGUCACUCUGGAUAUCAAUCUUAACCAAAAGGACCGGAACGGAAUCUCUCCAUUACACUCAGCAGCGGGAAGAAACUACUGUGAUAUAAUUAAAAUCCUGAUCGAAAACAACGCCCAUAUUGACCUACGAAACUAUGACAAUGCUACUCCUUUGCAUAUGGCAGCUGGUAGGAAAGAAUGUGGAGACGCAGUUGCAGUAUUGUUAGAGCAAGGCGCUGCAGUUGAUGUAGUGACUUAUAAUGGGGACCUUCCUCUGCAUAAAGCAGCAGCAUCUGGAAAUAAGCAAGCAGUAAAGUUUCUUUAUCGGAAAGAUUUUCAAAUCCGGAAAAACCGAUGUGGACUCACACCUUUGAUGAUGGCACAAACCUUUGGAAGACACUCAGUGGUGCGUUUACUCAAGGAACUGGAAAUGCACAAGCCACCAGUUCCAUAUCUGCCGAUGAAGAUUUGAUUAAUAUUGAUUAAAUAAAUACUUUUCUCGAA